UGAUUCCUCCAUCGCUUCUUGUCUUCUUUUUAACAAAUAUCUGAUAUCUAUCUUUUUAAGAAAAUGAACGUAUCUCAUACAGCGCAGACUCGUGGAGAUGCACAGUACACUUCUGUUGAAAUGUAUAAAACACCGAAAUUACAAGAAACUAAAACGGGAGAGAAAAAUAAAUAAAUAUUUCCUUCCAUUUUGCAUAUAAAUGCUCAAAACGGCUUUGCGUUCAUCCUUACACAUAUCUAAAGAGUUGACAAUCCAAAACAAAUAAUCAUGAGAGGAAAUGUACUGUUCCCAACAUUAUUAGGCAACCAUUUCUCUAUCUGCAUGUGGGGUUUACGGCCCUUCGUUUGCUGUUCAUAUAUCCGCUCUAACUAAAAUACUUUGCUUUUCGCUAUUAUUUAAUAUUGCACAUAUUAUGUGUUCUAACAGUUGCUAGAGGAGAAGUUUGAGCUGGGAAAGUGAGAGGUGGUAGUGCGGCGGGAUGCUGUUGCUGUUCUACGGAAACACAAGCGCACUGAGCCGCAAGUGCACAUUUAAAGGGGAAUAACAACAACGCUCUCUUUGUAUACAUCAGAGUUUGCCGAGGCGUUUACAGCGUUUGAUUAACGUCCAGCCACCUUCUUCCUGUGCGGCCGCGUUAUCUGGACAGUCUUGGGGUGAUAUUGAAGCAGUGCUCGUCAAAUUAGAGCAGAUAAACCAAACAGUUUGGGAUCUAUUUCUUUCUCGGUCGGCUCGGUUGUCCUGGUCGUCUGUUGAUCUGGAACCGAUCGCCAUCUUGAAUUUUAAUGUAAUAUUUUUGGACGAUAUUUUUGUCAGUAUGACAGUUUUUGGGGAUGUUUUUCGAUCGUAUUGGACUUUGGUGAUGUACAAGCACUGACGUGGAAGAGGAAAAGUUAGUAUUUAAAGUAUUGUUUGGACAUGGUCAAGCAACUGAAAACACAAGUGAGGUUUGAUUUGGAGUACCCUGAGUUUGGCUGAUAAGACGGCAGAUCAGUUGUUCCUGUUGGCUCCUCAUUGAAUGUUUUCUCACAAGCACACAGAAGCUCAAUGCACCUUCUCCAAGCAGCCAGCUGGUAUGAAGUAGAUGGGAGAAUCCAAGAACAUGGUGCUGAAUGGCAGGAGACAUGGCAGCAAGUUCUCCAGUAAUCAGCCCGUGAGCAAGUCCAGGCUGCAAAGCGCACAGAGAGCACAUCUGCAUCAAAGCAAGGGCUCCCCAAGUGGCAGGAGAUGCAGCCGACGUUGCGGUGGGGCGCCCCCGGAGGCAGAACGGCGCCAUGUUCCCUCAUCGGGAAUGACUGCCAAGGAGCUGUGUGAAUAUGAUGAUCUGAGUACAAGCUUGAUCCUGGACCCUUACCUUGGCUUUCAGACCCACAAGAUGAACACAAGGUCUGUUACACUGAUGUCUAACUUAGUAGACUCAAGUACUCCGUCUCUACCUAGGCCUGUCUUUGAUGUUGAUGUGGUGCUCCUUUUUAGGUUUCGACCAAUCAAAGGUCGUCAAGCUGAGCUGAGGGAAGUGAUCGAGCAUUUUAAAAAACAUGACAACCUGGAUAAAGCUUUCCAGGCUUUGACCUCCGGUGACUGGACGAGAAAUCACUUUUUAAACAAAACCAAGUCCCAGGAGAGGCUCUUCAAAGCGCAUGUGUUUGUUUACCUACGCAUGUUUGCUUCAGACAGCGGGUUUGAGAUCCUACCAUGCAAUCGCUACUCCUCAGAGCAAAAUGGAGCCAAAAUUGUAGCAACAAAAGAUUGGAAGAGAAAUGAUAAAAUAGAACAUCUUGUGGGAUGCAUUGCUGAGUUGUCUCUCAGUGAAGAGAGGAUGUUGCUUCGACAUGGAGAGAAUGAUUUCAGUGUCAUGUACUCUACACGCAAAAACUGCGCCCAACUCUGGCUGGGACCAGCAGCUUUUAUAAACCAUGAUUGCCGGCCAAAUUGCAAGUUUGUGUCAACAGGCCGAGAUACCGCCUGUGUGAAGGUUCUGCGGGACAUUGAACCGGGGGAAGAGAUCUCUUGUUACUAUGGAGAUGGAUUCUUUGGAGAAAACAAUGAAUUCUGUGAAUGCUAUACUUGUGAAAGGCGCGGCACUGGUGCUUUUAAGUCGAAAGCAGGGUUGCCUGUGGAGACUCCAGUGAUUAAUAGCAAGUAUGGCCUUAGAGAGACAGACAAGCGUCUCAACAGACUGAAGAAGCUGGGGGAAAGUGGCAGGAAUUCUGACAGCCAAUCUGUCAGCUCCAAUGCAGAAGCAGACUCUCAGGAACCAACCACUGUACAAACAUCAUUACGGAAGAGGACGUCACAGUCCUGUAUCACAAAGCAUGGUGAAGCUAAGGCUGCAACAAGGCAAACUCUGUCAAGCACUUCUUCUACCUCAUCCUCUACACGAAGUCAAACAAAUAUUUCAAGUUUACCAAAGAGACUUAAGUCAAAGCCCACACAGCCUUUGCCUAAAGGAAGAAGACGGAGUCGAAGCGAAUGGACAAAAGCCCCUAGCAGAGUGAGUGGUAAUGGGAUUCUCAAGGAGCCUUCCAGAAGAGACACAUCCAGACGAGUUUCUGUUCAGGGCUUUGGAGGCAAAGGCAGUGUGGUGCGCCCAUUGGAAAACAAUCAGAGCUCUUCAAAGGGUGCCUCCCCAUGCAAGGAUAGCAUACUUUGUACUUACAGAACUCGUAGGUCCACAAGGACCUCUCUUGGUGCUCAGGGGGCUGAUAUCAGUACACAAACAUCAAGUCAGCCAUUUAUCCCCGACACAGGUCACAUUGGGGAUGUCCUCAAGGCAGAGCCUGGGGAACUCAUCCCUGUUACACCUGGGCACCAGAUGAACACCCCUAGUUUGGAGACAAGCUGUCCUAAGAAAGGCAUGUGUCCCAGACGGAGGAGGACAGUAAAACAGGAAAACUCUGGCUCCUAUGGAGAGUCCUUUCACCAGGAGGGUGUACCUGACCUGCGGCAUGCAGUAAGGGCUGCAGAUGUAGCAGACUGCGGGACGGUGGUGCUUGGCCUCCCAGGCCCUCACCAGCACUACAAUGGCUCCACUAAAAGCAGCAAGGCCCUCCGCCGAGGAAAGGGCAAGAAAAAGCGGCAGAUCACGCGCUAUGAUGCUCAGCUGAUCUUGCAGAAUAACUCAGGCAUCCCCAAGAUAACACUACGCAGGCGUCGCGACAGCAGCAGCAGUAAAAAUGAGCCGAGAGAGUCCAACUCUUCAAGCUCCUCGAAAAUCAGCAUCAAGUUUAGUAAAGAUCAUGAGAAGGACAGGAGCAGCCAAUACGUGGCCCAACUGAAUAAUGGCUUCAGCCACGGCUCCCACAGCAGCUCUACCAAGCUUAAGAUACAGCUGAAACGGGAGGAAGACAGCACAGGCUUGCAUCGGGCUUACCCAGAGGAUGUCACCUUAGGGAUAGUGAAGAGAGAAGCAGGGGAUGUUCUGGAUCAUAAGGUGGGCGCUCAGGUAGACCAGAACAUGGACGUUGAGUCAUUGUCCUCUGAUGACGAAGAAGAGGACUACUUUGAUAAUGAGGAUGAUUUCAUCCCGCUCCCACCAGCAAAACGCCUACGUCUUAUUGUGGGCAAAGAUUCCAUAGAUAUUGACAUUUCCUCUAGAAGAAGAGAAGACCAGUCUCUAAGACUCAAUGCAUAAGCUGUGUAAAUAUCCAUUGUUUCAAUCAUGUUAAUUUGACAAAAAUAAUUUAAAAGGAAAAUGCAAAUGUACAAUUAAAUCAUGGCAAAAUAUCUUUAUGUUAGUGAUGGCACUUCUUUGUUUCCUCACUAUGAAUAUAAAUAUUGUAGAAAGUGUACAGGUUAUGUAUGAAUUCUAUCCAAGUCUGAUAAUGUGCUGAUGUUUGUUAGCAUUCUGUCCAGCUUACUGUUUUAUUCCAUAAAUCUCAGCUUUGUGUGACUGUAGGAUGAUGCAAAGUGUUUAUCCCAUUAGGAAACAUUUGCAUGGUUUCACCUCAAAAGGUUGACCCUUCAUAUUGAAACAACAAUGUUCCCAUGCAUUCAAGAAUUGUGUGUCUCUCCUCUGCUUGAUCUGGCUAAAGGGAAUAUUUGAGAAAACAAUACAGAGGAGCUUUGACAAAAUACUUAAAUUUAUAAAUAUCACACCACUUGAAGUUUUUUUUUUUUUAUUAAAAUCCUUUUUAUCAUGUGUCAGAUAUUUUGGCUAUGGAAGGCCAUGGUGCUCAUUGUGGUGGUCUGGUGCUGGUCCAUUAAGUUAUUGGACAAUUAAUUAUUAUUCUGUGAACGUCAGACCUUUUUGUGUGACCUUGGAAGUCCAUAGAAAGGGUAGAGGUCCUCAAGAAAUGGGUUGUACUGAAAUGUUAUCAAACAGUAAUCUUUUUUUUUUUUCUGAAUCAUGGUCAUUGUGCUAUUCAGUACAUCUAAUUGACUUUGUGGUUUUGUGUGCAUUUUGUGCUAUGCCUAAAAAUGAUCAAAAAUUAAGAAAAAAAAAAAAAAAAACCCUGAGGUAUUAAAAGCAGUUGUAUGUUUCCAUUGUUCACCCCAUUAGUAGGCAGCUGCCAUAUUAGGCUAUAUUAUUUUUACUUGUUUCUAUCUUUACUUUUAUUAUAUAGUUUACAUUCUGUAGUGUCAAAGGUCUGCCAUCUAUGGGCUGAAAGAAGUUUUUAGCUUCUGAUUAUCCUAAUGAUCACAGAACUCCAAUGGUCUCAAACUCACAAACUUACUCUAAAGAAAAUCAUGACAGUAACAAUGUAGGAUGUAUACAUAAUCUGGGGGCAUACUGUUCACUCUGUAUAUUCUGGGACUUGUUUUUAUUUAACUGUUUUAAGUACUUGAAAACAAUAUAAAACUCAUUUUCAA